AAGAAAAUAAUCUGGGACAAAUUGUUCGCUGCAGGCCUACGUAGAUUAUCCGAACACGUUUCCUGCUAAAGUAGAAAGGAUCAAAUGGUUUUUGAAAAGAAGUCUUCGGCCCGUGUAGCGGAGGCAGGACAGAGGCGUGUGUUGGACGAUGCAACACGCCAGCGGAGGUUAAAUCGCCAGCUGGAUGCUCUAGAGAAGGACAACUUCCAGGAUGACCCUCUCUCCUCCCUGCCUCCCUCUGGUCCUACCGCCCGCCUGCCCGCCUUUAGCGAAGGAGAGGAACCGGGUAAGAAGAAGAGGAAAACUAGAGGUGAUCACUUCAAACAGAGAUUUCGCAAAAACUUCCAGACUCUACUAGAAGAAGAGAAUGUGUCUGAGAGGGAGGAGCCUAACUACCUGUCAGCUGCAGCCCCUCCCUCCUCGCUCCCCCCGCGUCUGUUCUGCUCCGUCUGUGGAUUUCCUUCCUCCUACACCUGUUGCUCCUGUGGGGGGCGCUACUGUUCCACGCGCUGUCUUAUCACGCACAGAGAGACCAGGUGUCUGAAGAUGACUCUGUAGCAGCUGAUCUGACUAUACCUGGGCAUGCUCACAAAAUGUGUAUGGUAAAUUCGUCUACCUGUAGCUGUAUAGAAUGUUACAACACAGGAACGGCGCUACGGAUAAUGACCGUGUACCAGAGAUGCUAUGGAGAGAACACUACCAGAGAAGUAAUAGGGAACGCUACUAGAAAGUUACAAACAUGCACACAGUGGCUCAGCACUCUGCGGUGUGUCGUCAGUGUUGUGGAGUAGGGUCUAAAGCAGUAGUGGUGCGUGGGUAAAAUCACUGGGGAAGCCAGAAAAAAAGCCAUAUUACAACCUAUGUGUUGUGAUAAUUGCAUUGUUUGCUCUAUAACUUGUUAAUUCAUAUUACUUCACGAAUAGGUCUAUCACUCUGUCAUACAGUACACACUUUUAUUUUUUUGUUGUCCUAGGUUACCUGGCUAAAAUGCUUGCUCGCUAGCUUAACUUCCAUUCAUGGGAAACGUUAGCUAGUUAUCAUUAGCCUUCUACAUCUAGCUACAUAUUGAACUUCCAUCCUCUCAGUCCAGGGGCACAACAAUGUAUGAGUUUAUGGUUGGAUCAGAAUCGCCGUUAUAAUCAUUGGCCGGUACGGAGAAUUAAGUAGAACCACAAGUUCAAAUCCCUAUCUCCAUCCAUGGCUAAUUUAAGAAAGGGGCAACUUUAGCUAGCUAGUCACCGGAGGACAACAACACAACGAGAUGCAACAAUUUAAUUUGUUUCUGUCAAUGAUGUAGGCUUUCAAUGCAUUUUGAUAGGAGUGAUGCCAAAAUCCAAGCUGGCUUUCCUUGACCCUUUUUUUUGUUGGCAGACCAGAACCCUUCACAGUUGAGCUUGUUCAAUUUAGCUCAACGUUGACUGGCUAAUUGUUUAUACUUUUUUUUUUUAUCAAGAGGCCAGAUGCUCGCUGGCUUCCCUUGCAUUCUGUUCAAUGCUACGGACUGCAACAAUGGACCAUACAGCAUCAGAUAGAUGGCCUACACGUGUAGAGACAGAGGGGCGCUGUUUCGCUCGCCCGGAAGCUUUCUCCAGUGAGAUACAUUCCGCCUCAUGCGAAUUGAAAAUGAUGAAAAACAGACACAAAAUAAACUUUUUUCUUCUUGGUCAAUUUUUGGGGGAAGCUUGGCAUCCAUGAAUACACGCCACUGGUCUGAAGGGGACAGACAGGGCAGGAGUAAGGGAUGGGUUUGUGUCGUAUGGUGUGUAGUAGGGGGGGUCUGACUAUCUUUGUCUGUCUAACUUGCUGUAAUGAUUUAAUUAAACAUGUCUGAUUAUGA